UCUCUCUCUCCUUGGAAACGCCCAUUCUCCGUGUCCCCUUCCAUUUCCCAACUCCGUUCCCCGUUUGGCUCCGGAUCGGCGCCUUCAAGGGUUCCUCCUCCUCGAUUGGCCCUCCGUGUUUCGGGGGUUAGAUUGGGAAUGGCUGCUUUGCAAAUACUAGGUUGGUGUGGAGGCCGUGCUGCCGAAGGAGGUUUUGGAUCAAAAAAAGGGUUUCUAGAGUGCUUUCUCGGUCCUUUUUGGGUUCGGGUUGGAGACUUUUGAUUUCUCUGGCUGUUUGGUUCUUGGGAGUGCUGCUCGGCGAGGGGAGAGGAGCCUUGAGAUUCUCGCCGAAAAAUUCGAAUUUUGAUUUGUUUAUGCUGUGGUGAGUGAGGGGUUUUGGUCAAUUUUGGCGCAAAAUUGCUGGAUCUGUGGAAAAGGUUGGUGACAUGUCGGGAGCUCCCAAGGUUCGCUCUCUCAACGUGGCCGAUCCUGAGGCAAGGCCGGUUCUUGUCCCCGGAGGGAACAAGGCCAGGUCAGUGGCAACCGCUCAGAAACCAACAUCGAAGCCUUUGAGUAAAACUGAGGGCGGCGCAGAGGUUGCAGCAACUGAGGAGAAGAAGAAGACUUCCAGUCCUACUGCGGAUCUGCCGCAUUUUAGGUCUAGCUUAAGUGCUUCCUCAGCUCUUAGGAGGCAUGAGAUGCUGUUGCCGUCGAACCUGUCGAUGAAUGCUUCUUGCUCCUCCGAGGCAUCCACUGAUUCUUUUUGCAGCCGAGCCUCCACAGGCAGGAUCGGUAGGGCGAGCUUAAUCAGCAAGCGCAGGCAGAGCGUUCCAAGGACAGGCAAGAUUGUGACUAAGGUGGACAAGAAUAUUUCAGAUGAUGCAGCGAUGCCCCCGUUGGAUCUGGUGCAGGGAAAGAGGAAGUGCGCCUGGGUAACGCCCAAUACGGAACCAUGUUAUGCUUGUUUUCAUGAUGAAGAAUGGGGAGUUCCUGUCCAUGAUGAUAAGAAAUUAUUUGAACUUCUUGUACUAUCAGGUGCAUUAGCUGAACUUACGUGGCCUGUUAUCCUCAGCAAAAGGCACAUGUUUAGGGAAGUUUUCUUGGAUUUCGACCCUGUUGCAGUUUCCAAAUUGAAUGAGAAGAAGAUUGUGGUGCCUGGAAGCACUGCUAGCUCCCUUUUGUCAGAGCCAAAGCUGAGAGCCAUCAUUGAGAAUGCACGCCAGAUACUCAAGAUAGUAGAUGAGUUUGGAUCGUUUGAGAGAUACUGCUGGAGUUUUGUGAACCACAAACCCAUUGUCAGCAAAUUCCGUUAUCCACGUCAAGUUCCCGUGAAGACUCCAAAAGCAGAUGUCAUAAGUAAAGACUUGGUUCGAAGGGGCUUUCGCAGCGUGGGCCCAACAAUCAUAUACUCCUUCAUGCAGGCUGCUGGACUGACAAAUGACCACCUCAUCAGCUGCUUCCGUUUCGAGGGGUGCAUCGCAGCUGCAUCCUCGAGCAUGGAAGCAGCUGACGAGGCCAAGGGAAAGUCGGACUCUAAAGGAGAAGAGAAGAUCAAUACAGGUCAGGAGCUUAUGGUAGGAAUUGACUUAGAAUUGUCAAGAGCUGUGGAUGAGCUGAGCAUUCCUUAGCUGCUCGAAGACAGGUGAGUUCUCCAACCAUAAUCUAUAAAAAACCAUUGAUACUGCUGGUGGGAUAUCCCUUGCAGAAGUGAAGGUAGCAGCCCUGUGUAAAUAAAAUUGCAAGUGAGGUUUGUGCUUCUUGGUUUGUAAAUGGACUCCAGAGAGCAAAGAGGCCAAUGUUUAUUCUAGAGAAGAAACAAUGUUGCAUCAUGUUGCCUUCCUUUUGUGUGAUGGACCAGGGAACACAACUUCAGUUGUGCAGGUGCCAACACAUGUCAACAAUUAUUUGCAGGUCCCCAAUGGCUCUGAGAUAUUCUCCUCUCAAUGGUUGCUGGGUGGGCACUGUGAAGUUGGUGGUCGACAAAUGAUUGCUAUGAAAUCAUUGCCCAGCUCAGGUUCAUCUCAUUGAACCAUGGAGAUGUCUGGUUUGUGUUUAGAAGUAAACUGACAGGGACUGGGGCUAAUGAUAUCUUAAGCAGAGAACGCUCAAUUUAUUGUUGUGAUCAAGGAUUUCUUUUCUUAGGAUGAGGUAUAAAACGCUCUUGUGUGUACUUGGUGACAUGAUUUGGUUGUACUAACUAGUGAUUUGACU